AUGCCAUACCAUAAAACCCCCGACCAGCAGCAACAGCAACAGCAGCAAUCAGUCAGUCCCUCAAUGCAGUAUCUUCUCAUGAAACCCGCCUUUCUGUUGGCCGUCCUAGCGACAGCCACCACAGCGCCAAACUGGACCCAGACCAUCUGGCACGACAUUCAAGCUGCGACCAGCUGCACCGCCUGUGAGGCGCUGCUCAAAUCACUCCAACGAGUAUCUCAACUCGGUCCAUUGGCCCUCCAGACCGUCCUCACCGAAGUAUGCAUCAUAAGCAAGAUCCUCGACGCCGACUUCUGCACCGGACUCGUAGCCUCCCAAGUCCCCAGCGCAUACUAUGUGCUUCGUCAACUGUCCGUUCCAUCAGAUACCGCGCAGACCUUUUGUGCCAGCGUGUUGGAUCUGUGUCCGUAUCCGCCAAUCCGUCCUAUCCACCUGACUUUCCCUCCUCCUCCACUAUAUUCUCCUAUCACCAUCAAAGAGAAUAACAAAGAUAAUAACAAUGCAACCCUCCGAAUCGCCCACAUCACCGAUACCCACGUCGACCUCGCCUACACCCCCGGCACCAGCACCCACUGCCGCAAGCCCAUCUGCUGCCGUCAAUACCAUGCCUACGAUGCCCCAGGCAGGUCCAAAACCCCGUGCUCAACCUGGGGGAGUCCGCACUGCGAUCCCCCAUUACGACUACUACACAGCAUGCUCUCCGCACUGCAAUCACAGCAACAACCACAUCUAACCCUCUUCACAGGCGACAUUGUCGCCCACGACAUCUGGAACACAAGCCAGCAGUCCGUCCUAGCCUGCUUCAACGCGACGUACUCCGCCCUACUGCAGACACUAAACAAUCCCGUCUACGCCGCCAUCGGAAACCACGAUACUCACCCGGUGAACAUCUUCCCCGGAGUAGAUACCCCCGAAGAGUUAGAUGUAGAAUGGGCCUACAACGCACUAACCACCCACUGGAAAUCACUACAAAACAACACCGCUCUGAACGUUAGAUCCGGCGCAUACGCCACGACAUAUACCCACCCACCCACAGAUAACCAAAUAAAAAUCAUCUCCUACAACAGCAACCUCUACUACCGCCUCAACCUCCUCCUCUACACGACUCCCAUGCCAGUCGACCCUAUGUCCCAAUUCACCUGGCUAAUCACCGAACUCCACGCCGCAGAACAAGAAAGCCUCAAGGUCCUUCUAAUCACGCAUAUCCCUAUCUCAAGCAAAGAAACAUUAGCCGCCUACGCUGACUCCCUACGAAGAAUCCUCUAUCGUUUUAAGAAAACAAUCAUGGGUGUAUUCUGCGGACAUGGCCAUGUCGAUACGUUCGGGGUAUUAUAUAAUAAUAAUUCUUAUUCAAGUAGGAGUAAUACUAGUAGUAGUGAUAAUGCUAGUCAUGUAAAUCAGGGGCACGGGCACGGGCAAAGAGUGGAGAAGAACGACAUGGUAGUGGAGAAAGGGGAAAGGGAAGAAGAAGUGAUAGGCGUGGAGAUGUUGGCGCCGGCGAUGACGCCUAUGUCUGGGUAUCCUGCUUUCAGGGUAUAUGAAUUUCGUUUCAGUGGUGAUGGGUUGAAGGUGAUGGAUUUUGAGGAGUAUGUUGCAAGAUCUCCUCUGUUUAUAGAUAGUAGUCCUCAGGGAGAGCCUGUAUGGGUUAGGUAUUACUCUGCUAUGGGGGCUUACGGGAAGUAUGUCUAUCAUAAUGCUGGGGCUGGUGCUAGUGCUGGGGGCGGUGCUGAGGCUGGUGGCAUUGGACCACAGUUCUGGGCAACGCUGACGGAUGUGAUGGAGACGGAGUGGAAUGUGUUUAAUCAGUAUUGGGCGAGACGGACUAGGGGGUACCGUGUCUUAGGCUGUGGGAGGGGGUGUCGGGAGAAGGAGAUCUGUGGGUUGAGAGGGCAGGACUGUCAGUCUGAAAGGGGAGAUGAGAGGGACACUACGGAGAUGGGAAUGGAAGGCAGCUCUUUGGCAAUGUGGUUAAGACAGGUUCAACAGUCUUGCUCUUCUUCUUUUUCUUAG